AUGGAUUCAUCAAAGAAAAUCCCUUCAGAGAUUGAAGAAGAAUCUCCAACUUCCACACUAACCACAGAUUCACCAAAAAUCCAAGAAGAAGAAAAAGUUAACAACUUUGAGAACAGUUCUUCUUUUUCAUCAAAUUCUUCUACUUCCUCUGCUUCUUUUGGCUCAAUGAAAAUCAAGAAGAAAACAGAUGAUCAUCCGAAAUUGAACAAGAGUAGAAGCUACUCAAAUGGGGCUUCAAGUAUUUUCAGGAAUUUGAUAACUUGUGGGGCUGUGGAUACUGAUAAAUUUGGAAUUGUUCCACUUAGAAAAAAUAAGACUUCUUUAACUGCUUCUGGUGAAAAAACAGUGAGUUUUUCUUCAGAGAUUUGUAAAUCAGAGAAACUUAAAGGGUCUCAAAGGAUUUUUGGUAGUACUUGGAAUCAGCAAACUAAUGGAAGGAAAAGCUUGGAAUUUUGGUAUUGCUUGGAAUCAGCAAACCGUGAUGGGGCAUUCAAUUCGUCAAAGAAUAAAAGUGAAUUUGGCAGUCGUAGAUCAGUUUCUGCUAAUCAUAAGCCAAUCAAUGGAAGUAGAUCUCACAAAUCGAGGGCGGCAUUCAGAGGGUCCAGGCAAGGGAAGUAG